AUGGCACCAACAAAAGAAAUUAAUAUUCAAAUAAAACCGACCAACCAAGUUGUGGAAGUUGUCAAACAUUUAACUUACGACCCGCUUUACAAGCCAGAUGACGUAGUCUUAAUAACGGUUACUUCCAUGCCAAAGGCUAGAGUAGAAGUUGCAUCUAUUUCAAGUAUCAUUCAAUACUCUUGCGAUAUAGUCUUGUCUGGCCACGUGCAUGAUGUUGUUUUCGACUUUACACGCAUCAGAAUUCCGUUUACCUGGCCGAAAAAAACCAUCCGAGAUAUUCUUUACACCAAUCAUGAUGACCCGAUAGCAUUCGAAUUGGUCAGCAGAGAUUGUCGAUUAGCUGUGUUCAGGAAAAAUAAUCCUAAAAAGCGAGAUGAUUGGUAUGAGGAAAUAAAAAAUUGGCAAAAAAAGGAUUUACCAGAACGAUUCCAUCUUAUGUUGAAUGAAUUGGUUGAAAAUGUAUCCGCGCAUGCAAAAUUGGAAGAAGAAAGAUUUUGCUUUACAACAGGUUUAUUAGUCGCUAAUAAAAAGCUUUAUUAUUGCGUAGCAGACAGCGGUGUUGGCCUUCGAGGCUCCCUUCGCGAAGCUAUCGUUUCGGAAGCCAAAGAUGUGUCAGAACGCGCAUGCGCCUUGCAUUUAACACGUCCUCAAUUCACUUCCAAGGGCAUUGACAGAGGUCAUCAGGGUGUCGGUCUUUUUAUUACUAGUGAAUUGACACAGAAAAACGAAGGUUAUCUUGAAAUUCUUUCUGGUUGUCAAGAAUAUGAACAACGUGACACUACUGCAAUGCGCGUGCGAGGCAUUCCCGAAUGGAAAGGAACCAUGGUCCAUGGUGCAAUUAACCUUGACCGAGAAUUUGAUUAUCGUAAGGCCAUGAAAAAUUUCUCUGAUCCUUCUAAACUUAGCAACGAUCGAUUCCUUGUUAGCCAAAUUAACUUAAACGUUUACGGCCAACGCACCCUUCGCACUCGUGAACUUUGCGAGGAAAUAAUUCGAGAUCUUGAAUUGGCCGUUGAAAGAUCACCCAAAAUAAUUUUGGAUUUCACAGAUAUCGAUGAACUUAGUCAAGCUUUUCACGGUUUUCUACGCCAAUUUGUGAAGAAUUGA